GGUCCGCCCACCGGUUGCGCGCGCCCCGCCCCUCUCUGAGAGCUACGCGGCGGCGCAGCACAGGCCUCGUGCGGUAACGGCAUCCGGGCAGCCGCGGUGGCGUCCCGGUGCAGUCCUCAGGUGACUGGAGCCGCGGGCUCGGCGGAGGGAAGUGCUGACACUGCUGAAAGAUGGCUGAAGAAGUGGUGGUGGUGGCCAAAUUUGAUUAUGUGGCACAGCAGGAGCAAGAGCUGGAUAUCAAGAAGAAUGAGAGGUUAUGGCUCCUGGAUGACUCUAAAUCCUGGUGGCGCGUUCGAAAUUCCAUGAAUAAAACAGGCUUUGUCCCUUCUAACUAUGUGGAAAGAAAGAACAGUGCUCGGAAGGCAUCUAUUGUUAAAAACCUGAAGGACACCUUAGGUAUUGGAAAAGUGAAAAGAAAACCCAGUGUUCCAGAUACUGCAUCUCCUGCUGAUGAUAGCUUCGUUGAUCCAGGAGAACGUCUUUAUGACCUGAACAUGCCUGCUUUUGUGAAAUUUAACUACAUGGCUGAGAGAGAGGAUGAAUUGUCAUUGAUAAAAGGGACCAAGGUGAUCGUCAUGGAGAAAUGCAGUGAUGGAUGGUGGCGUGGCAGCUACAAUGGACAAAUUGGAUGGUUUCCUUCAAACUAUGUAACUGAAGAAGGUGACAGUCCUUUGGGUGAUCAUGUAGGCUCUCUGUCAGAGAAAUUAGCAGCAGUUGUCAAUAACCUAAAUACGGGUCAAGUAUUGCAUGUUGUACAGGCUCUUUACCCAUUCAGCUCAUCCAAUGAUGAAGAACUCAAUUUUGAGAAAGGUGAUGUAAUGGAUGUUAUUGAAAAGCCCGAAAAUGACCCAGAGUGGUGGAAAUGCAGGAAAGUCAAUGGCAUGGUUGGCCUGGUGCCAAAAAACUAUGUUACCAUUAUGCAGAAUAAUCCACUAACCUCAGGUUUGGAGCCAUCGCCUCCCCAAUGUGAUUACAUUAGGCCUUCACUCACUGGGAAGUUUGCUGGCAAUCCUUGGUAUUAUGGCAAAGUCACCAGGCACCAGGCAGAAAUGGCAUUAAAUGAAAGAGGGCAUGAAGGAGACUUCCUCAUUCGUGACAGUGAAUCUUCGCCAAAUGAUUUCUCAGUAUCACUAAAAGCACAAGGGAAAAACAAGCAUUUUAAAGUCCAGCUGAAAGAGACUGUUUACUGCAUUGGGCAGCGGAAGUUCAGCACCAUGGAGGAACUUGUAGAACAUUACAAAAAGGCACCGAUCUUUACAAGUGAACAAGGAGAGAAACUAUAUCUCGUCAAGCAUUUGUCUUGAUGCUGCUCAUGAGCAGUGACUGCUACACAGCUUUAACCUGUCACGUGACUGAAGACUGAGAGAGUGUCAGGCCAGUUGUACUUGCUUGGAAAGUGCUGUUUCUAACUGUAUGAGAAUUGACUAUAAUACACGAGUAUUUUUGUUAUAACUCAGCCCAUACAUAUAUACUACAUAUGCAGUGCAUCUCUAUAGCAGAGUUCUUUAUUCUUGGUCUUCCGUCUUACUGUUUUCUUUGCUGUUUUUCUCUUUCCUUCCAACAGUUAAGGUUUUGUAUUCUGAAGUGAAUAAUUUGGUUCAAAAUCUUUAUAUGGAAGAAUUCUUUUAUUGCUGUUUAUUUCCUUGUAAAGAUAUCCUGUUCUCCCAUAGUUUCUCUUCACAUAAAGUUAUAUCUAUAUGGCAUAUGAUAAAGGACAUUUCUUGUAAAGUGUUAAUUUUUUCUGUGACUAAAUAGCAAUAAUAAACAGAAAAUAAGAAAUUAUUUUCAGAUAUUGUAUCUGUCACAAGCCAUUGUAAAUAUCAAGUAUGUUGUUUGUGCCUUAAUUUUUAAAAAUCCAUUCAUUGUAUCCAAAAGAAACCAGAUAAUAGGUUAUAAAACAUAAUUUAUAGCUAUGUAAAUGAAAAUUUAAGAAUUUAGGGAGUGUCCCCCCUCCCUGACGCACCCCCUUUCACUUGGUUAUUCAAGAGAACUAAGCAGUUUGGGCAGUUGGUUCUUGAAAUGAAAUGAGUGUUCCUAAUGUUCCUUGACCAAAGUGUGUUCCAUUAGAUCUGCCAUAUUUAUGCCACUGUGAAAUAAGUCGUGGCCGAGUUUGGGGAAUAUAGUAGACAAUGAGAUGUCUAAUUUUUUUUCCCUCUCUAAACAUCACUAAUUCUGCAUGGCAGUAAUUUAAAGUUUUCAACUUUCACAUCCUGAUCCAAUAUUUGAUCAUAUUCACUGAAAAAAAAAAAAAACAUUUUUUGACACUAUUGCAUAUUAAACCCAAGGAUUCACACAUGAAAAGCAGGUGUUCUGUGCUGAGUGAGUUCCCUAGCCCCUCCUUAUCUUGUAGUUUUUUUUAACUGGGACACACACAGAAAUGAUGAGCUAUGGUUAGGUAAACUGUAUUAUCUAAGUUUUUUUUGUUUGUUUGGCAUCUAGUACUUUGUGUGUGUGUGAAUAAGAAACUGAAGUAUUGAGUCUUCUGUUGGUCAUACUUUUCUUUAUUCUGAAAUUUUUAAGCAAAGUAACAAAAGCCUCAAAUGCCACGUAAGGACAAGAACAUUGCUCCUUUGCUGUUUUAAACACUUAAUGUACCAAACUUAGAGCUGAUAAAAAUUAAAGUUGUGUAGUUUUUGCUUUUUCCUUCA